AUGUUUCGAUCUGCUUUGACUGUCAGUAAACGCUCGUACAUCAAUGCCUUUAAUGCAAAAGCCAAAGCACGUCCAAACUUCGGUCUUCGUGGAGUAGGUUUUUGGACAAGUGAGGUUUAUCACAAGCCUGGACAAAAUUAUUGGACAGCUCUUUGUGUUGCAGGCCCGUUUUUGAUUAUCGGUGCCAUUAUGUACGAUAAUUUUUGGGCAAAGCUUGAUGAUAUUGCAGGUGGUGGCCCAAGUCAUCUUGACUAUGGCUGGCGCAAGGAAGAUCGGAAGCCGUGGGACUUUGCUUUUGAUAUUGGUGAGGGAUAUGCUGCUGGACCGGCAACUCUCAGGCCUGCACCAGGUGCUGUGGAUUUAGGGCAUCAUUAG